CGGCAGCAUAAAUUCCUUUAGAGAAACAAGAGAUUGAAGAAAGGGCCCUCGUUUACUUUAAGAGUUGGCUAGUUUGAUCUGUUUCCACUACGCCUGAUUAAAGAUGGAGCGAGCACUGUGUAAAGCAAAAACGGCAGAGAAUUUAGAAAAGUACGACGACGUCGUAUCAAGCAUGAAAGAGUUCAUUGAACUAGGAGGCGACAUACAUGAAGCUCAGAACAGGAACCUACUCUCAGUUGGGUACAAGAACACGGUUGGGGUGCAUAGAAAUGCCUGGAGGACCAUCUCCAGUUUAGAAAAGGCGGAUAGUAAAGAGACGGAGAAAGAGAUAUUGAAAGAGUACAAGAAACAAGCUGUCGACGAGAUUGUUAAGAUCUGCACUGAUGCUGUGGAUCUUAUUACUAAUAAGCUUCUUCCCGGGGCUCAGACAACAGAAUGUAAGGUCUUCUAUCACAAGAUGAAGGGAGACUAUUAUCGUUACAUGGCUGAGGUCGUGGACGGAGAUGACAAAGAAGAUAAGAAAGAAAAAGCAAAGGAAGCGUAUCAAGAGGCAGUCAAGGCCUCGGAGGACUUGGGUAAAACUGACCCAAUACGACUGGGCCUGGCUCUUAAUUUCUCUGUCUUUUAUUACGAGAUUUUAAACGAUUCCGAGGAAGCCUGCAAACUGGCAAAGAAAGCUUUUGACGACGGGAUAGAUGAGCUUGAUACUCUAAGCAGUACCAGUGCCUAUAAGGAUAGCACUCUCAUCCUCCAGCUGUUACGUGACAAUCUGAACCUUUGGACUACAGAGGAUAAAGAUGAAGAUGCGGAAGAAGCUAGUUAACUUGAUAAACUUUACCAAUUACUAAUGCGUGCCUCUGUGAGUGUGUGUGUGUGUGUGUGUAGCAGCUUUAUUAGCAAAUGACUCUUGUUAGUAUUAACUUACAUCUAUUAGUGAUUAAUUUUUAUUUUUUUAAUUGAUUUAAUUAUCUUC